AUGAGCUCCGACCAUCAACUGCUAUCAGAGCCCAAAGAAAUGGAAGUUUCGAGAGCCGCAAGCCAUACGCAACCAAAUAACACAACACACGACCUGUCACUGGGUCUAGUUCAUUCGCCAGAAUCUGAGGCCGAGACCAUAUUACAACAACCUAGCAAUGUCUUGGACUUGUCCAACAAUGGUUCCCACUUGAGUUUGGGGUCGCCCAUGCAGGAUAAUUUAUCAAAAUUUGCAAACUCAGAUCCCGAAGAGAAUGACAAAAUACCAGCACCAACGCAAAAUGCAAGUGGUAUCGAUGAUGAGAGUGCACUUCAGAGCUCAAUUCACGACGAACCUCAUCAGCAAGUCCCCGAACAAGACCAAAAUGAGGUGACCAAGUCGCAAGGAAUGCCACUUCGUGUACCGGGAACUUUUGAUGUCAGUGCCUUAACUGGAGAAGGUGAGCUGGAAGAGGAAUACAACAAAUUGCGUGAAACAAUCAAUAAAAGCGAAAGCAAAGAUUCAAUUGGACAAGGCGUGCUUGAAGACCUAAGUAGGAAGGGUACAGAAUCUAAUCUAGCAUUGAGCGAAUCCACGAGAAUCGAAGAAGAAGGUGAGAGUGAGGAUCAUAUGACCAAGAGUGAUGACUCCGUUGCCGAAAAAGCUACAGACGAAGAAGAGAAAGAGACUUCGCCCGAUGAUUCAGCAUUCCUGACUGCAUCUUACAACAGAGAAGACAAACAGGGGGGAGAGGAGCAUCACGAUGCACAUACCGAAUCACAAAGCCCUCAAGUUGACAAUCAUCUGCAAGUUUAUAAAUCAACGUUGGAUCCUGGAAAGCCAAUGCACUUUACUCAGCCGCCAUCAAUUGACAUCAAUCAGUACUUGAAUCAAAGUGACGAAGAUGAUUCCUCGAGUAAUUUUGCACUCUCCCCGAACUUGAAGGAUGAAUUGGAUAGAAUUCCCACGACUGAUAACGAAAAUAUUGAUGAUAUCCCUCCAAUGAACCCACUACGUUUCCAGCACCAAUUCAACCGCACCCCACCAAUGAAUCUGGAAGAGCAAGAAGAUAGAAGCCGGGACGUGUCAACAACGUCCACAGUUGUUAGAAAACCAAAAGAAGAAUCUUCUUCUUCCCAGGCUCCAAUAAGUAACCAAUCAACAGUCCAUAAUCAAACAGCUGCAGUUACACCCGUACCACCUAGCACUACAAAAUUCCUGUCUUACCUGACGGCAUCUACCACGCCAACCUUGGUAAACUCUUCAAAUGGUGCUGCUCCAUCACCAAAUUUGUCAAUGGGUGUUAGCUACCCAAAGCAGUCACCAAAAACCGAAAAGAAAAGGAACAAGAACAAGAUGCGGGAAGUCUUUUCCUCAAUGUUUGGCAAGAGCAAAGCCUCUUCGGCUAAUGCUCCUUCGUCUCCUGAACUCAAUAUGAAAAUUAGCACUCCUUUUAAUGCAAAGCAUGUUGCUCAUGUGGGAGUAGAUGAUGAUGGCUCAUAUACGGGACUACCAGUUGAAUGGGAAAGGUUAUUAGCCGCCAGUGGAAUUACUAAACGAGAACAAGAGCAACACCCCCAGGCUAUGAUGGAUAUAGUUGCGUUUUAUCAAGACUCAAACGAACAUGCAGAUGAUCAUGCAUUCCAAAAGUUUACAGUUAACAAAAAUAAGAGCGACUCAAGCGGUUCUGAAAAUCUUGAGAGCACGCCGCCUGCAACUCCUGUCACUGAAUCACCGCAGAGGAUGUCAACGGCAUCAACUGAAAGAGGCUCUGAAAGUGACACAGAAAACGCAAAACCGAGCAGGGUCUCGCCAACUCAUUCCAGAUCUCAAAAACAAACAUCACAGCAAAGCACACCAAGAGUGCAACAAGAAUCUCAUUUCAUCCCCAGCAGGCCGGCACCAAAGCCACCAUCAACACCAGGAUCAGCACACAGCAUUAGUAGAACCCCUACUUCGCAGAAACUGGGGUUGGACUAUACACCAAGACAACCACGUGUGUUACCACCAAAACAAACAAACUCGCCAUCCUAUUUGGAAAACAAGUCAUUGUCGCAGAAAUCGGUCAAGUCAUUGAGAGCGCAAACCAAUGGCGGCAUUGAGAAGUUCAACAAUAUUCCAGCACCGCCACCGCCACCACCACCACCAGCACCUCCAACAUCGCAGAUUCCUAAAUCAAAGUCACACUCUGCGUCUUUGUCCAACAGAAUCAAGCCUGCUUCUACGGGCUCUACUACAGCACCGAUUGCACCAACUCCACAAUUUGAUGAUUUGAACGUACCAAAGCAAAGAAAGAAUGAAUUUAGUGCACAUCGAGCACCCCCUCCGCCACCUGUAUCCCAGUCAGUUCCCGUUCCUCGCAGUAAUCCAGAGGAAGCACUAGCCAAUGUAACGGCAUCGACCGCGCAAAAAGAAGGUCAACAGAGCAAAUUCCAAGAAGCGCAAAAGAGGUUGAGGGAGCAGAAGGCAAGGGACCUUGAGGAAAUUCAGAAAAGACAGCAGGCGAGAAAGUUAGAGCAACAGCAACAGAAGCAAGAGCAACAGAAGCAAGAGCAACAGAAGCAAGAGCAAGCUGAUCAAAGCUCACUGAAUAUAGACCCCAAUGGAGCUGCUCCUGCCCACGGUUUGAAAAAAUCAUCUGGAGGUACUGUUCGUGAUGCUAAACAAGCAGCUCUUAUCCAGCAGAGGAAACGAGAGGAAAAGAAACGUAAAAACCAGCAAAUCAUCUCCAAGCUACAAAGCAUAUGUACCCAAGGUGACCCCAAGGAAUUGUAUGUGGAUUUGCUUAAAAUAGGACAAGGAGCUUCUGGUGGCGUAUAUAUAGCGCAUGAUGUUACUCACGGCAACAGUACCGUUGCCAUCAAGCAAAUGAACCUUGAGCAACAGCCAAAGAAAGAAUUGAUUAUCAAUGAGAUUUUGGUUAUGAAGGGUAGCAAACACCCCAACAUUGUCAACUAUAUUGACUCGUAUUUAGUCAAAGGCGAUUUAUGGGUCAUAAUGGAGUACAUGGAAGGUGGUUCAUUGACUGAAAUUGUCACUCACAGUGUCAUGACAGAAGGGCAAAUUGGUGCAGUUUGCCGAGAGACAUUGAAGGGGUUGAAGUUUUUACAUUCAAAGGGCGUCAUUCACCGUGAUAUCAAAUCGGAUAACAUCUUGCUAGACAUCAAUGGAAAUAUCAAAAUGACAGACUUUGGAUUCUGUGCUCAAAUCAAUGAACUAAAUUUGAAGCGUACAACCAUGGUGGGGACUCCUUAUUGGAUGGCACCUGAGGUUGUGUCACGAAAAGAGUAUGGACCAAAAGUUGACAUAUGGUCAUUGGGAAUCAUGGUGAUUGAAAUGAUUGAGGGUGAGCCACCCUAUUUGAAUGAAACUCCGCUUCGUGCAUUGUAUCUUAUUGCAACUAAUGGAACUCCGACAUUAAAAGAGCCAGAAGCAUUGAGCUACGACAUUCGCAGGUUCUUAUCGUGGUGUUUACAAGUUGAUUUCAAUAAGCGUGCUACUGCUGAUGAUUUGUUACAUGAUAAGUUUAUACUAGAGAGUGACGAUGUGGAGAGUUUGAGCCCGUUGGUCAAAAUUGCGAGAAUGAAGAAGGCUACCGAACAAGAGUAG